AUAUAGGGUUAUAUAAAUUAUGUAUGUCAUAAGAGUAUUCUCAUCAUUAAUACUCUCUUGAAAAUUUUAUUGCACUUUAGGUGCCUCUUCUGCAACGAAACUGCUAGAACCAGCGACGAUUAUCGAGGAAGGCCAGCAGCAGCAAGAAGUGGAGCAAGAACAAGCCACCAGUGACCUCGAAGAAAUCAAUUACGAUGAGGCUGAAACGGAGUCGAUGGUGUCAAAACUGCCAAUUACAGACGACUAUGUCAACUCCAGAGAAAGAGGAGGUGAUCGUGAACAAGCAGGAGCUGGAGCCUCAGUUAAAAUCCCGUCUAUUGGUGGCGGAGUAGCUGCGAAGCAGAAUCUCACUGUGGGCGAAAUUGGCCUUCCUAUUAUAGAUGAAAAUGCGAUAAAUGUUGCUGCAGAAGUGAGUGAGGAAGAGGAGAAUGUAAUUGACGAAAUUCUUGGGCUUAACAAAGAGGAAAUGGAAGAGAAGAUGGAAGAAGUUGAUGAAGAUGACGAAACUGAAACAGAGGAAGGCGAGUCAAUACCAUCUCAAGCGUUUGAAAAUUCGGAGGAAAAGUCUAUGAAAGGUAUCGAUGCCCUCACAGAACGCAAAACUCCUCAGCGUUUUGAUGAAGAUGAAGACAGUGAUGAGCAGUCUCUCUUUGAG